GGGGCCCGGGGGCGCGCGGCCCGAGACCCCCCCGGCCGCCCCUCCUCUUUCUCUGUUCCUGUGGCUGGGGGGGGUUGCCCCCUUCCCUAUGGUCUUCCUUGCCAUGGAGCCAUCCCCACUUUCUCCCCAGGGGGCCCCUCUACCCCUGCCUAUGUCGCUGGCACCUCCCGCACUGCCGCUGCCAGCGGCGGCUGUGGUACACGUGUCCUUCCCAGAAGUGACCAGUGCACUGCUGGAGUCCCUUAACCAGCAGCGGCUGCAGGGGCAGCUUUGUGACGUGUCGAUCCGAGUGCAGGGCCGUGAAUUCCGGGCUCACCGGGCUGUCUUGGCUGCUUCUUCCCCUUACUUCCAUGACCAAGUUUUGCUCAAGGGCAUGACCUCAAUAUCGCUGCCCAGUGUCAUGGACCCUGGGGCCUUCGAGACUGUUCUGGCCUCUGCUUACACAGGCCGGCUUAGCAUGGCCGCUGCUGACAUCGUCAACUUUCUCACUGUCGGCUCGGUGCUCCAGAUGUGGCAUAUCGUGGACAAGUGCACUGAGCUCCUUCGAGAGGGCCGGGCCUCCGCAGCCACCACCACCACCACGGCCACCGCAGCAGCCGUCGCCUCUGGGGCAGGAGGCCCUACGGGAGCUGGGGGAACAGGACCGGCCACGGCAGCCGCAGGCUCGGGCCGCCCUCAUUCAUCCAGCAGGGCUAGUGAGAAUCAGUCCCCCAGCAGCAGCAAUUACUUCAGCCCCCGAGACUCCGGUGAUUUCUCAUCUUCCUCUCACGAUGCAUAUCCAGCCUCUUCCGUGGGGGGAGGAGAAAGACGGAGUGGAGGAGGCCCUCUGUUCCCCACUUGUGUGGUGGGCAGUGGGGGUGGCACUUCUGGCAAGCUCCUGCUAGAGGCAGAUGAGCUGAGCGAUGACGGAGGGGAUGGAGUUGGGGCGGGAGUCCCUGGGGCUGGGCUACGGCGCCCUACUUAUGUGCCCCCCAGCAUCGUGCCUCAGAAACACUGGGUGUACGUUAAGCGUGGGGGAGGCUGCCCUGCCCCAGCUCCUCUUGCCUCUCAAGACCCAGACCUGGAGGAAGAGGAGGAGGAGGAAGACUUGGUACUGACAUGCGAGGACGAUGAGGAUGAGGAGCUAGGUGGGGCUUCGGGGGGUCCACCAGGUGGGAGUACUGACCCUGGCCUAAGUAUUACUGAUGUACGGACACUGACUGGCCCCCCAGACAAGGGUGAGGAACAAGUGAAUUUUUGUGAAUCAUCUGAGGACUUUGGCCCUUAUGAGUCUGGGACAGUUGGGCCAGGGCUGGAUGACCCUGGAGGACCAGCCCCCUCUUCCUUUACCUCCCACCAGCCCCGCCCUUUGUUACCCCUGGACAUGCAGGGCAACCAAAUAUUAGUUUUUCCCUCCUCUUCUCAGGCCUCAGCCCAGCCCCCUGGAAGCCAGGCUGAACAUGGAGCUGUGACCUUGGGAGGGUCAGGAGGGGGCAACCUGGGAGCGUCUGGAAGUGGUGGGGGUGGUUCUGGUGGCAGUGGUGGUGGGGAUGGGAACAAGAUCUUCCUCUGUCACUGUGGGAAAGCUUUCUCGCACAAGAGCAUGCGAGAUCGGCAUGUGAAUAUGCAUCUGAAUCUGCGCCCCUUUGACUGUCCUGUGUGUAACAAAAAAUUCAAGAUGAAACACCACCUGACCGAGCACAUGAAGACCCACACAGGCCUCAAACCUUAUGAGUGUGGUGUGUGUGGGAAGAAAUUCAUGUGGAGGGACAGCUUCAUGCGGCACCGAGGGCACUGUGAACGGAGACAUCGCCUGGGGGGAGGGGGGUCCGCAGGGACUAUGGGGCUACCCAAGAGAGAGCCUCCUGGGGGUGGCAGUGGAGAUGAGGUAGGAGGGACCACUUCUCCCGCCAACAGGAGGGUCUGGUCCCCACCAGGAAUGCACAAGGUGGAGAUGGGUUUUAAUGGCAGUGGAGGUGGGCAUUAAAGGACUAUUCCCUCAUGAUUAGAUCUAAGAGCUGGAGAAAGCAGCCGAUGAGUAAUUCCCACAAUCCUCUUUUGUGGGGCUGAUAUCCCUGGAAAGGAAGAGUAGGGGCAUAGGCCAGGGGCUUGAUUCCUCCAAAAAUCCUUGGUUUGGGGGAAGGGAGAUAUGGGACUGAGGAUCCCAGGAGAUAUGCCCUCUCCUGCAUAGAUUUGUAUAUAAAGAGGGAAAUUCAUGACAGUUCUCUUCCCCCACCCCCACCCACCUCAUUCCAUUCCCCAACAUGGGGAAACCCUGGGACUGUGAGCCUUCUACUUUCCCCUCCACUAGUGGGAACAGGUAGAUAAACAACACUUAAGACCCAGCCCCUCAGGUUAUCUGAUGCCUGGAGAAGGGUGUGCAUGGGUAGUGAUGUCCUGAAUGCCCAAGGAUUCCAGGGCAGGUGGUCCCAUUUGUAGUUCGUGCUUGGAGUCUGUGUGUGUCACUGUGGUGACUAGGCCUGCCACCUCAUUCCUUCUUCCCACAUCUCCUCUCCCCCUUUACAGGAUUAUUAAACCUAUAUCCAUUUCCCAUCUAACUCCAUCCCUGCAGUAAGUCCCCAAGGGGUAUGCACAUAGAGGGGCUUUCAAGGACAUGGAGGGAGCCAGUUUUGGGAGUUUAAGGUUUUUAUUUUUUAAUUUUAUUAUUUUUUUUAACGGUGAUUAAAAUAUUUAUUGGUCUCUUCACUUGA